AGCUCGGCUCUGUUCGCCGCCGGCCUGCUGGGCAACGUGCUGGCUUUGCUCCUUUUGGGGCAGCACCGACGGCGCUCCCGUUCCGCCGCCGGCCGCGCUCCGCGGGUCUCCGCCUUCUACGUGCUGGUGAGCGGGCUGGCGGUCACCGACCUGCUGGGCAAGUGUCUGCUCAGCCCCAUCGUGCUGGCCGCCUACGCCUACAACCGCAGCCUGAGCGAGCUGGGAGCGGGCGGCCGCGGGGAAAGCGAGCCGGGAGCGCUGUGCCAACUCUUCGCCUUCCUGAUGGCGUUCUUCGGGCUGGCCCCCACCCUGCUGCUGCUGGCCAUGGCCACCGAGUGCUGGCUGUCGCUGGGCCACCCGUACUUCUACCGGCGGCACGUCACCCGGCGCCGGGGAGCGAUGCUGUGCGCGCUGGGCGCGACUCUGUGCGCCCUGUUCUGCGCGCUGCCGCUGCUGGGCUUCGGCGCUCCCAUGCAGUACUGCCCCGGGACGUGGUGCUUCAUCCGCAUGGCGGGCGGCGGGCCGAGCCAGCUCGGCUUCCCCGUGCUGUACGCCAGCGUGCUGGGCGUGCUGGUGUUGGCCAUCGCGGCUUGCAACGUGUGCAGCAUGCGGCAGCUGUACGGCAUGGCCCGCAGGCAGCCCCCGCGCGGAGCGCAGCCCCCCGGCCCGGCAGCGCCGCGCAUGGAGGAGCUCGACCACCUGGUGCUGCUGGGGCUCAUGACCGCUCUCUUCACCGUCUGCUCGCUGCCGCUCAUCGUGAGUACGCUGCGCGUC